AUGUCACUGCGCUUCGAUGGCAAGGUUGCUGUGGUGACCGGCAGCGGUGGUGGGGUGGGCAGGGUCUACGCCAUCGCUUUCGCGGAGCGCGGGGCGAAAGUGUUGGUCAACGACAUCGGGGGCAGCUUGAGCGGCACAGGAUCCAGCUCGAAGGCUGCCGACGAUGUGGUGGCGGAAAUCGUCGCAAGGGGCGGAGCCGCCAUCGCCAACUACGAUUCCGUCGAGAAUGGCGAUAAGAUCAUCGACGCUGCUGUGAAGGCAUUCGGCUCUGUUGAUAUACUCGUCAACAACGCCGGCAUCAUCAGAGACGUAACGUUGUCUAAGAUGACUGACAAGGAUUGGGAUACCGUGCACACGGUGAACCUGCGCGGGGUGUACAAGUGCACCAAAGCCGCGUGGCCUCACAUGAUCAAACAGGGCUUCGGCCGCAUUGGCGGGGACGUCCCAGGGGCGGUGGAGCUCGUGAAGUCCUUUGUCCCCAGCUUGCCCCCCGGCGAGUUAGAGUCCUCGGCCGAGCACUUCGUUAUUAUUUGGGCCGCAGCUGUGAAGCUUAAGGCGGCUCCCAUCCGACGCAUGGCGUCGUUUCCAGACACCGAGGCCAACAUUGCCAUGGAUGUCAAGCGUGCGAGGCUCCAGCAGGUCAAGGGCCGCCGGGCGACAACGUUGGAGAAGAGAUAUCGCGACCUCCUCAAGGUGAGGUCAUUCUUGAUGGCUCGGAAAGGUUACGCCUUGCCCCGGGAUGCGGGUGACAUUUUGGAGUCCCUGCAGGUGCGCUUGGAGGAGCCGUGCAGGCGCACGGUUCUCACAGCCGCGGUCGAGGCGAUCGGGUUUCUUGAAAAAGGCGGCGGCGUCCGCCCUCAGGAGAUGCUCGCAUCAGAUCCCCUGGUUAAGAACUUCGUCCUCGAGGCGAUGGCGCAGGGAAAGAUGCCUUCGUCGGGGUUUCGUCAUAAAGCACCCCGUCCAGUUGUGGUCAUCGUCAUCGCCCUCGAGCGCGUGGUCAUCGACGAGUCCGCCGAAGUUUACAAGCGCAUGCUGGCCUUCUGCAAGCUGUGCAAGUUCUGGGGCGGCAAGGACAAGUCCAACGAAAUCCUCCCGUACACGAUUUCUACGGAGGCCUUCCUGGAGGUGCCUAUGUGGUUGUCGGUGGGUGCGGAUUUGUGGUCGCACCACGCCCCUGGGGAGCGAGACUACUUCCUCGCGGCCCCGUCCGUCGACUACACGGGGGUCGCGCACAGGGAGGUGAAGUACCACGAGUGCGCGGCCUUGGCGUUCUUGCCUAGGGCUGCGACGCUUCUGGGCUUCGACAAGGAAUGGGUGGACACCUCGGGCCGCCGGCAGGGCGACCGCUCCGAGGCCUACUUCUGGGUCCACAGGCGCAGGGUCGAAACCAUCCAGCAUAAGGUCAGCUACGUCAUCCGCGAGAACAUGGGCAAGGUGGACGUGUUCGACGAGGAGGACACUCUUGCGGCCUUGGCCAGAAGAGACGCCUCUUUGCCGUCGCUGCUGACCCUGGCCCCGCCCAUGAAACGCCAAGAUUCUGAGUUCCUGGCCGCGCCGCGCCCCUCGUCUACGAGAGGGCGGGUCUACGCCCACAAGUUGCCCGAGAGCGUCCAGGGCCACUUCGCGUUGAUCGGCCGCAGUGGCUUCCGGCGGCUGCGCUGCGCGAGCGCGUGCCCCAGGGCCCCAGGGCUUGGAUUUCAAGGACUGUACUUCGAAGAGAUGGGCCUCUUGCUCCCCGACGCUUCGGAGUGCCACGAUUUCUGCCGCUCUUGCUGGAAGGGGGACGCGCGCCCCGCGGAGGACGAGGACGAGGCGCAGGUGUCGUCGGCAGCCGGCUCUUCGGACGAGGAGCGCCCUCGCCGAUGCUUCAUAGGCCUCCUGUCUCUCCUCCAAGGCUCCGGCGCAUUGCGGCACUCGGAUGUUUUUUGUGCACAGCGGCGCGCGGGCAUUGGUGUCCAGGUGAUUUUCGGCCGAGAAAAAAUUACGGGGCCCAUGCUGGCGCGCGUCGGGCGGCUUGCAGACGCGAGUCGUGUGUGGUGGUCGCUGAGGUGCCAGCCGGGGCCCGAGGGCUGUUUGAAGAGCGUGAAGGUUGCAAUCGAGAAGGACGUGGAUUACGCGGCGGCGUCGCUCCUGAGCGGGCUGAAGCAUCUGCUGCGAAGACUUGUGGCUGGCACCGAUGCCACGCUUUUUGAGGAGGCGCGCGUUCUGUCAAUGAGACGCCACGUCAGGAGCAUCCUGGAUGAGGCAGGUUUCUUCAUGGAGAGGUGGGCCCUGAUAGGCGCCGGGCACGUCUUGCCACGAACGCCCCAGGUCUUCGAGCCGAAGACGCGAUGGCCGCUCGUGCCGCAGAGGGCCGAGGACGCACACGAGGUCAAUGCCUUCUCCGCCUCGCCCAAGGACCGAGGCAAUCACCAGUCUGCCCGCCGCGUCGCGGAGCUCAGGGAGGGGGCCGCCCGGAACAAGUUGGCCUUCCGGAUCUCCCUGGAGGAGACGCGUCGCAGGUUCGGGCAUCGCCUCGCGAUCGCAUCGCUCGGCGCCCAGGCGCAGUCGAAGUCCGAGGAUGGCAGCGCAUCGUCCCGUUUGCUUUUCGACGCCGCGCACGGGGUCGAUUUGAACCGCCGCAUCAAGGUCCGCGACAAGAUCCCCUUCCCGAAGGCCCGGGGCGUCAAGAGGUUCCUCCGCGCGGCGCAGGAUGAAGGAUCCUUGGCGCACCGCGUGGAGCUCGACGUCGCGGACGCGCGCCGCGCGUUGCGGUUCGCCCUUUUCGCUGAUUGGUGCGCCAUGGUCCAAGGCGCCGGUUUCGCGCGUGCGAUCGCGUGCCUCGUGCUCUGCCUGCCGGUGUUGGGCGCCCCUCUGAGCUGGAAGAGGUCCGGCGGCGGCAUGCGGCUAGCCUGGAUCGGCUACGAGCCUGACGCCACGGGAAAGAUAUGGUCCCUCGGCACAUCGGAGGCGAGAGCCGCCUGGAUUACUUCUGGGUACGACCGCGUAGUCAGGGAUGCUUUCGUCAGCAUCCUCGAGUGCGAGGCGAGCGGGGACAUGGUGACUGUCGCAGGCUGGGAGGCCGCGCUGCCGGGCGAGGGUGGUGCUCCCCCGUCGACGAAGCGCGCCCGUUGGUUCUACAUGGAGUUGGACCAACAAACUGCCCCAUGGGCGUUCUCGAAGGGGGCCCCGUUCCGCAGCAUCUCGGCUUUGGAGCUCCUCGCUUCCACGGUCGGUUUGAUGAUGUUCGUUCCGGAGGGCGUGGCAAAUUGGGAUGGCCGCUGCAUUGCUUCGUGCCUCACCGACUCGCAGGUGGCGUCCAGGGUCGUGGAGAAGUUCAUGUCAACCAAGCUCCCGUUGGACAUUGUCGCGAUGGAGCCGUCGGCCCAGCUGGAGGCGCGACGUGCCGGCUUGGUUUCCGAAUGGGCCCCUGGAGAUCUGAACUGCCAAGCCGGGGCGGAUUCCACCACCAAGAGCGGCAUCCUCGGCUUCACGAGGUCCUGCGCGCUCGAGGGCGCGAGGCGGGGCGUCCUCUCCAACGCCGUCUGCCCGAUAGCCGCCUCCCGGAUGACCGAGACCGUCCUGCCCGAAAAGGUGCUGAAGAGCCUGCAGCCAGAUCGGUGUGUCGCGCCGCUGGUGCUGUGCCUCUGUCACGAGGGCUCCAGCGCGAACGGGGAGGUAAUCGAGGCCGGCGGCGGCUGGUUCGCCAAGGUGCGUUGGGAGCGCUCCAAGGGCGCGUUCCUGGCCGGCAGCUUCGGGCCAGAGGACGUGGCGGGCGCUAUGAACAAGAUCACGAGCUUCGCUGAGUCGGACCACCCCGAGUCCGCCCAGGACACGUUUGCCGCCGUCCUGAGCGCGGCCACCGCGUCCAAGUUGUGA